AUGAACGCUCCAGAUAGGUUUGAGCUUUUUCUGCUCGGGGAGGGUGAGUCAAAGUUGAAGAUUGAGCCUGAUACGAAGGCUCCCAAUGCUGUGGUAAUAACUUUUGAGAAAGAGGACCAUACUUUGGGAAACCUGAUCCGGUCAGAACUUCUCAACGAUACAAAGGUGUUAUUUGCUGCCUAUAAGGUUGAACACCCGCUGUUCGCACGUUUCAAGAUGCGUAUUCAGACUGUUGAGGGUUACGACCCUAAGGACGCUUUGAAGAACGCUUGUAACGGUAUUAUCAAUAAACUUGCGGUGUUGAAGACGAAUUUCGAGACUGAAUGGAACUUGCAGACUUUGGCUUCAGACGAUAAUUACGGCAUCUAA